GCCUGUCUGGAGGCGGGACCACGGCGGUGCAGGUUGGGGCCGGUGGAGCUUCCGGAGCAGCUGGUGCCCUUUCUGCAGGAGGAGCGAGCUCUGGGCGGCCCGCGGAGGACCAUGACCAAUCACCUUGACCUCCUCCUAGGAGUGGUGCUGGUGGCCAGUCCACUGCUAGGGCUUCCUCCCUGCUCCUCGGACGGUCAGAUAGCCCUCUACCACGCCUGCAACCUCACCCGCAUCCCCCAGGUCCCCAGCUCCACCGAGCGCCUCCUGCUGAGCUUCAAUGCCAUCGGGAUGGUCACCUCCGACUCCUUCCCCUUCCUGGGCCGGCUGUGGCUUCUGGAGAUCGGGGCUCAGGAAACACCCCUGAGUGUUGACAAGGAUGCCUUCAGAAACCUGCCCAACCUGAAGGUCCUGGACCUGGGCAAGACCCCGCUGGGCUUCCUGCACCCGGAUGCUUUCCAGGGGCUGCCCCGUCUGUCUGAACUGAGGCUGUUUGGCUGCGGCCUCUCGAGUGCCGUGCUGACCGGGGGUCACUUCAGACACCUGGAGUCUUUGGCGCGUCUGGACCUGUCAAGCAACGAGAUUCAGAACCUGUCCCUUCACCCCUCGUUCAGGGGGCUGGACGCCUUGACGUCCCUCGACUUCUCUCACAACCAGAUUGAGGUCGUGUGUGAGCCAGAGCUCCGGCCCCUCCAGGGCAAGGCGCUGUCCUUCCUGAGCCUGGCUUCCAACCCGCUGUAUAUCAGAGUCUCCGUGGACUGGGGGGCCUGCGGGAACCCCCUCCGAAACAUGACCCUGGAAACCCUGGACCUCUCUCACAACAGCUGGAGUGUGGCCCGGGUGCGGAACUUCAGCCAGGCCAUCCGCGGGAGCCUGGUGUCCUCGCUGCUUCUCUCCCAGCACAUCAUGGGCCCCGGGUUUGGCUUCCAGAACCUCCAAGAGCCCGACCAGACCACCUUUGCCGGCCUGGCGGGAAGCUCCGUGAAGCUCCUGGACCUCUCGGGUGGGUAUAUCUUCUCCCUGAAUCCCCGGCUCUUUGAGGCCCUGUGGGAGCUGAAGGUUCUGAACCUGGCCCACAACAAGAUCAAUAAGAUCGCAGAUGGGACGUUUCAGGGGCUCCAGAAUCUGCAGCUUCUCAACAUGUCCUACAACCUGCUAGGGGAGCUUUAUAACUCGGAUUUCUCCGGGCUCUCGCGGGUGGCCUACAUCGACCUGCAGAACAAUCACAUUGGGAUCGUUCAACACCAGACCUUCAGCCUGCUGAAACACCUACAGACCCUGGACCUCCAAAACAACGCCCUUAAAACCAUCUCUUUUCUCCCAAGCAUAGACAUGGUCCUCUUGGGUGGCAAUAAGCUGACGGCUUUGCCCAGCAACGUCCAGCUCACGGCCAACUUUCUGCAGUUGUCAGAAAACAAGCUGGAACAUCUGGCUGACCUCUACUUCCUGCUCCAAAUUCCCCGUCUCCAGGUUCUCAUUGUCAACCAGAAUCGCCUCUCGUUCUGCGACCCCGAGCUCUCCCCGUCCAAGAACCCCAGCUUGGAGAAGCUUUUCCUCAGCGAGAACAUGUUGCAGCUCGCCUGGGAGAGCCAGGCCUGCUGGGAUAUGUUCCGAGGCCUCCCCGGCCUCCAGCUCCUGUUUUUGAAUAACAACUACCUGAGUUUCCUGCCCCCUCAAGUGUUCAGCCACCUGACGGCCUUGAGGGUCCUGAGCCUCCACGCCAACAGGCUCACGGCUCUUUCUCCGGGAGACUUGCCUGCCAGCCUGGAGGUCCUGGAUGUUUCCAGAAACCAGCUCCUCACUCCCGACCCGGCCGUGUUCUCGUCCCUGCGCUUCCUGGACGUGACUCACAACAAGUUCAUCUGCGAGUGUGAGCUUGGCGCUUUCGUCACGUGGCUCAACUGCACCAACGUCACCCUGCUGGGGCCUCCCCAGGACAGGUACUGCGUGUACCCCCACUGGCUGGAGGGGGUCCCCCUCGCCGAUCUGUCUGUGGACUGCGACGAUGAGGAGGUGCUGCGGGCCCUGCGGUUUGUCCUUUUCUCCUUCUUGACUGUCUCCUUGACUCUGUUCCUGGGAACCACCCUCAUCGUCGCCAGGUUCCGGGGACACUGUUUUGUCUGUUACCAGAAAGCCCAGGGACUGUUGUUCAGGGACGCCGGGCGGGCAGCAGAGGCCAGCGGCUACAGAUAUGACGCCUACCUGUGCUUCAGCGCCAGGGACUUCGAGUGGGUGCAGAGCGCCCUGCUGCGGCACCUGGACGCCCAGUACAGCCCCCGGAACAGACUCCGCCUCUGCUUCGAGGAGAGGGACUUCGUCCCUGGGGAGAACCACCUGGCCAACAUCCAGGAUGCCGUGUGGUGCAGCAGGAAGACGGUCUGCGUGGUGAGCAGGCACUUCCUGCGAGACGGCUGGUGCCUGGAAGCCUUCAGCUACGCCCAGAGCAAGUGCGUCUCGGACCUCAGCAGUGCCCUGGUCGUGCUGGUGGUGGGCAGCCUGUCCCAGUACCAGCUGAUGAAGCACCAGGCCCUCCGGGAAUUCGUGCGGAAACGCCAGUACCUGAGGUGGCCCGAGGACCUCCAGGAUGUCAGCUGGUUCCUUAGCAAACUCUCCCAGCACAUCCUCAAGAGGGAGAAGUCCAGGAGGACAGGCGAAGCCCAGAGGCGGGAGGACAGUGGCGUGGAGCUGCAUGCCGUGGCCACCCCCUCCUAGCAGGGGCGGUGUUUAGCUCGCCUCCAGCCAGUCUCUCUUCCCUCUGAAUUCUUGGCUAUUUUUAUUGUCUUAUUUUAUUUUUCUUUUACCAGAGCACUGCUUAGCUCUGGCUUGUGGUGCAGGGGAUUAAACCUGGGACUUAGAAGCCU